AACUUAAUUAGAAGGCCGUUGCAAAUAUGGCUGCCUGCGACAGCCAUGUGUUGUGGUUUGUGGUCUUCUGCUAUUUCAAGUCAUAACAUUUGCCCAACUGCUGAAUUGCCAUUAACUUUUGAUUAAUUUCGACAAAGUGUAGCCAAUAUGUCAUCCGUAUAUCACGAACCAGACGACCCUAGAUUUAGAAUCACGCCUUUUCAGCAAAUGGCAGCUUCUUGCACCGGCGCUUUGUGCACUUCACUCUUAGUUACUCCACUUGAUGUUGUCAAAAUUCGACUGCAAGCACAGCAGAAAGCCCUAUUAUCAAACAAGUGUUUUGUGUAUUGCAAUGGAUUAAUGGAUCACCUCUGUCCAUGUGUUACUUCUUCAAGUGGUCAGACAAAUUGGUACCACAGGAAUGGACAGUUCAGUGGCACUAUUGAUGCUUUUGUGAAAAUUUCUCGAGCCGAAGGAGUAAAUUCAUUAUGGAGUGGUCUUGGGCCAACUCUUGUAUUAGCUAUACCAGCCACAGUGCUUUAUUUUGUAGCUUAUGAGCAGAUACGAACUAGAGUGAAAGAUUUCCACUCCAAACAAGUUGGGAAAACGGACCAACCAUUUUGGAUUCCAUUAUUUGCUGGAGCAUCUGCUCGAGUUGUGAGUGCUUCAGUUGUGAGCCCAUUAGAGCUGAUACGCACUAAAAUGCAAUCGCAAAAACUAACAUACUUCGAGGUAGGCGGUGCCUUGCGCUCCCAUAUUCAAGUUCAUGGACUUAUUCCAGGCCUUUGGAAAGGACUUGGUUCAACAUUGUUACGUGAUGUGCCAUUUUCAGGAAUAUACUGGCUUAACUAUGAAGGACUAAAGUCAGCUUUCAAUCAGCAGACUCCUACAUUUGGCUUUAGCUUUGGUGCAGGUGCUAUUGCUGGAUCGAUUGCUGCUGUCUGUACCACUCCUUUUGAUGUUGUCAAGACACAUCAGCAAAUUGAAUUGGGAGAAAAGGAACUUUAUGCUGAUUUAGAAACAGGAUCAAAGAAAAUAGCCAAUGAGAAAAAUCUGCAAGAGAAACCGAUAAGAAAAACCACUCACAGUAUUCUGCGGCAAAUAUGGCAGCAGAAUGGAAUUUCAGGCAUCUUCACUGGUGUUGUACCGAGAGUGGCCAAAGUAGCUCCAGCGUGUGCUAUAAUGGUGGCAACCUUUGAAUAUGGCAAGGGCUUCUUUGAAAGGUACAAUGCUGAAGAAUACUAUAGAAAGCAAAGAAGUGUUCAACUUGAAUAAGUUCUAUCAACAUACAGCAUGAAACUGUUAGGAUGUUAUCUGUGAUAAUUUCUGAUGAAAUGUGGUACCUAGAGAAUGCUCUUGCAUGUGACAUAAGUUUAAUGACAAAUAUGAUAAAUAAUUAUCAUUUUAUACGAGACAACCAUCUGACCUCUGUUACUGGAUGUAGCUAGAGCAUACCAGGAAAAAUCUUGUUAUGUUAAUGCAUGAGCUUGUAAAUAAAGUACAAUCAUCCGUGUAGUUUAUAUCUAAUGAAAAGUAAAGUUUAUUUUAGUAAUGCAA